AUGGUGAUGGAGGAGGGGGGUCAGAGAGACAGAGAGAGGGGGGGUCCAGCGACAGCAGCAGCGGAGGGACGGCAGAUCUUAGCCGAGCUCGGGGAGCAGAACCUUGACGGAAUUUGUCUUUCUACAUAUCGAACAGCCUGCAAGCUCCGAUUCAUACAGAAGAGAUGCAACCUGCAUCUGAUCGACAUAUACAACGUAAUCGAGGCGGUGCGGGACGCUGGUCUGAACGCCGUCGAGCUGAAUGCCGGCAUCUCCGUGACCAGACUGGAGAACCUGGUGUCGUCCCUGUUCAACCAGCUCAGCAAGCGCCUGCCCACCACGCACACCAUCAACCCGCAAGAGAGCACCGUCCUGUUUGUGGAGUUCAUCCUGGCUGCCGUCGACAGUGAACCAGAAAGCCGACUGACGGUGCUGUCUGUGAAGGUGAUGCUGGCGAUGCUCUGUGGAGGGAAACUGGUCGAUAAGCUCCGCUAUGUGUUUUCUCAGAUAUCUGACUCCGGUGGUGUGUUGGUACUUUCCAAACUUGAUGGGUUUCUGAGGGAAGCUCUGAAGUUGCCCACCGCUGUACAUGAAGCACCGUCCUUUGGCUACACACACACGUUAGCACGCUCAUGCUUCCCACAGCAGAAGAGGGUGAUGCUCAACAUGUUCCUGGACAUUGUUACCAACCCUCCUCAGUGUCUCGUCUGGCUGCCUCUCAUGCACCGUCUGGCCAACGUGGAGCACGUCUAUCAUCCUGUGUCGUGCUCCUACUGUCGUGGCAACGGCAUGACGGGCUUCCGCUAUCGCUGCCUCCGUUGCCGUGGCUACCAGCUCUGUCAGAACUGCUUCUGGCGCGGCAACGUCAGCGGCUCACACAGCAGCCAGCAUCAGAUGAAGGAGCACUCGUCCUGGAAGUCUCCAGCCACUAAGCUUGGUCGAGCCCUGAGCAGGACUCUGGGCUGCGUAUCGUCCAGAGAUCCCCCGCACCCAAUUUAUCCAGAGGAACCUGAGAGGACGCUGAACCUCUCCAACAUCGUCCCCUCUCGACCUGUUGGAAACACCAGCGAGGCCAUGUUGCAGUCGUCAUCAUCACCGGCCUCCACCAAACGUUUGGCAGCGGCUCAGCGCAUGAACGAGGAACACGCUCUGAUCGCUGCGUACGUGAAUCGUCUCCAGAGCAGCCCACGUGUGGAAAGUCCCAGCAGACAGGAUGAGGAGCACAAACUGAUCGCCCGCUACACCUCCCGCCUGGCAGAGACUGACAGUUCAGGAGUGAUACCAAACCGGAGCAUCAACUUUGACGUGAACAAACAGAAGAGGGAGCUCAUCGCUCAGCUGGAGUGUAAAAACAGAGAGAUUUUGGCAGAGAUAAAACGUCUCCGCACAGAGCAUGACGCGGCGUGCCAGCUCAGCCCGGAGAGAGGCAGCACCAACCCAACUCUGCUGGCCGAGCUUCGCCUGCUCAGACAGAGGAAAGACGAGCUGGAGCAGAGGAUGUCGUCUCUACAAGAGAGCAGGAGGGAGCUGAUGGUGCAGCUGGAGGGACUGAUGAAGCUGCUCAAGGAUGAGGAACAGCGUCAGGCAGCACAGGCGGCUGGCUCUUCUCACUCAUCUCCGUCCCGUCCGAGUCCAUCAACCGCGCCGCGUCCAGGUGCCGCGUCUCCGCAGGCUUACAUGUACCCUCCUCAAGACUCCCUCGCAGGGGUGGGUGGCGACGUACAAGAGGCCUUUGCUCAAGGCCCAAGAAGGAACCUGAGAAACGACCUUCUGGUGGCAGCUGACUCCAUCACCAACACUGUGUCCUCACUGGUCAAAGAGCUGCACUCAGAUGAUGGUCGGGAGGAAGAGGAGAGGUUGCUGAACGGGAAGGACAGAGCAGGUUAAAAUCAUUGGAGGAAAACUAAAGCAGUGUGAUGUUUCAUCGUGGCCAAACAAGACUGGCCCUGCAGGGAUUCAGGCGGAUCUUCUUAGAACCAUCGUUAGCCAGUGGGGAUGAGCGCUCCACUGCCAAUCAACCAAUCACGAUGCUGGACACCAAAUGACCCCACAGCGGGGUCCCUACUGAUGUAUAGCUGUGAUUCUGUGUGUGUGUCUUGUCACUGUGGUUUUACGUUAGUUUUUGAUUUGAUCGUGCGUAGCUAAACGAGGAGACUGAUACCUACUGAUUUGUACUGUAGCAUGUGUGUGCGCUCUGCGUUUUAUUUUUUUUUCGAGUUGCGAGACGGUCGAGUAAGUGAGAGAGACGCCGCGAAGAGACGGAUGAGCUGCGUUCAGGACAUUUGUGAAGGAUUUUUAAUUUUGUAAAGAGGAGAAAAGUUUCAGGAUCAGGAUCAGGAGGUAACUGUACGGAGCCAUGUGAGAGGAAAAACAUAGGAAGGUCGAAAAAGACAGGAAGUGAGUUGUAACGGUUUAAGUUUCAGCACUGUGUGCUUAGUAUUUAUUGCUUUGAUUUGAUGUUUGACAUUUAUUCAUUCGGUUGAGUGCUUCUGUGUACGCCAGUGUGGUCAGGCCCUGCUGUUUCCUGCUGCAUCGACACCGGGCCGCCCCCCCCGCCUGGCCGAGGCGAUGCAGAGUUGAAGCGGUGGUCCAGGUGUCUGAAACCUGGACGAGAUUAGUGCCGUGGUGCUGAAAGCAGCUCAGGUCGUCCAUGCCUCUCUGUGGAACCCCACUACUGCAGCGGGACCACGGUUAAAGAGGUCAUAUCUGAUUACUGUGUGUGUGAGAGAGCGUGUGUGUGUGUGUGUUAGCGUCUGUGUGUGUGUGUGUUCAACAGGGAAGGUGCAGCAGUAGAGCAGCAAAGUGGGUAAACUCUUAUUUUACAAGUUUUAGUGUUUACUUGUGAAAUAUUGGAUAACCAGCCGCACAGGGCCGAACGAUCCGACACACGAGUGUGGAGCUCUUCAAGAAGAAAUAUAUGCAAAAGAAAAAAAGCAAGACGUCUGAUCCCCUAAAUUAUUAUUUGUCAUAAAACAUAAAGAAAGUGAAAAAUGUAAUUAUCCUGCCAACAAAUAAAAAAAACAAUUAGCACAUGAAGGAGCUAAUCAUUUUGAAAUGUGGAAUAUUUACUCAUUAUUUAUUAUAUUUUGAUGGAUCAAGAAAUCAAUCAAAAAUAUACAAUUAAAUUCAACAAUAGUAGAAAUAGUCCAAACUUUAGUUAUAUACAUAAACUAAAUAAAACCCAACCGUGACCUUUUCUCUCCAAACACCCACUUUCUCAGAUGAACUCCUCACACUCUGCUCCUCUCUGCUGCCCCUCCUGUAAAACGCCUUGUGGACGUUUUUAUGCAAAUCCAACACGACCCAAAGCGUCUCACUGAGCUCGAGUCACGUCAGGUGGAUUUUAUUUUCAUGUACCAGCUGUGAGACGUUCUUGGGUUUGACCUCACAGGAAGCUGUUCUUCGCUGUAAUGUACAUUUCUGAAUCAUUUUCUUUUCCCCGGCCUCCACUUUGUUUCACGGACUCCUUGUCGCUGUCCCAUUUAGAGUCCCCCCCCCCCACGAUGAUUGACUGACAGUGAUUUAAUGAACGAGUGAGCUCAUGUUUCAACGUGUGUGCGUGAAAGCGAGAGAAAUCAAGACUGACAGGACAAACACGUCCGGACAUGAAACUCGUUCAGCUCUGAACCUGCCGGAGCUGAGGCGGUGUGAGUGAAUCAUGUGGAUCAUCUGCAAUAAAUGAUAUUUAACGUCAAA